GGCGGCGUCCCGCGCGCCGCCGCGGGCGAGCCGGCGCGGGCCAAGGGCAGGCAGGCGGAGAGGCCCGCCUUCGACUCCGCGGCGGCCGCGGAGUGGAUGUCCGCCAGGUGCCGGGAGGUGGCGGAGGAGCACGCGAGGCAGAAGGCGUCCGGCGAGAGGGGCAGCAUCUACCACUUCCCCGCGACCUCGUGUCCGACCGGUCGGGGGCAGGCUGGUUUCCUGGCGGGCGCCGCGAGGUGCUGCCACCACAGGAGGACUUCCUGCUGCAGCUGCAGCGGGCGCUGGCGCCCCACCACGCGCGCCCCGCGGAGCACGCGGCGGCGGGCGGCCCCCCCCCGGAGGUCAGGGCGCUGGGCCAGGCAGCGGCUAUAG